ACUGUCAGCGGUUGCGAGUAAGAAAAGAAACGGGCGAAAUUGUGCUUUAUAAAACCUUUAUUUCGGCGAAGGAACUCGUCGCACAGAAAACUUUAUCAGAUACAUUUUACGGCGAAAAAGAAAUGCUUCGAGCACGCUCUCAAAGUAGCGUAUAUGAGCAGGAAGCGAAAUUUGUGCAAGAUCGCAUAACGGGUGUGGAAAAACACUUUGCCGAGCUGUGCACGAUAUUUGCGGCGUUCGCCAGAAAAGCGGCCAGGUUGCGCGAUAAAAACGAUGAACUGGCUAAAAUAAUACAGACUUACGCCGAUUCAGAGAUUAUAAAUCGAUCCUUGAGUGCCGGACUCGCAAAUUUUUCCGCAACAUUAUCGGUUAUUGGCGAUUACAGAGACGCUGAAGUACAAAGAUUAGAUGCCAAGAUAACCGCACCUCUCUCACAGUACGCAACGAUUUGCAAACAUGCUCGUGAUGACGUUAAAAGCACUUUUGCAGCGCGCGAUAGAGAGCUUACAAGACGAAGACAAUUGGAUAAAGUCCGAGAAAGAAAUCCCAGGAAUCAACAAAUGAUAUCACAAGCCAAAUCGGAACUGAUGAAAGCAUCCGUCGAAGUAUCCCGAGUAGUAAAAGGAUUGGAAGAACAAAUUGAUUCGUUCGAACGGCGAAAAUUGCACGAUUUGAAAUCCAUAUUUUUAGACUUCGUUACCGUCGAAUUGAGUUUUCACACAAAGGCUCUCGAGCUUUUGACUAAAGCGUAUCAAGACAUCGCGGCUAUAAACGAGAUGAAAGAUCUUGAGGACUUUCAAAUCGCGAGAGGAGAAAUGAAUGGGGAAUUUAGAGAGACAAUGCGCGUUCCCGAUUCCGUCGCAAGACUAGACACAGUGAAUAGAACUUCAUUUCGACAGGCUUAUUCAUUAACGAAUUUAGCCAAUCGAUUCGCAUCUUCUCCCGUGACAUCGCAGAAAUCAAGUAAUCGAGAAGCUGAAUCUGUCGAUUCUGUACAAACUGGAUUCACAAAUUCUUCUGAAUCAGUUCAAGUUGAGGAGUAUGCAGACAGCACGGAGGAAACAGAAUCAGAAUCAAUUCAAGAAAAGCCUGUGAGGACUAGGCAUAAAUCUAUGUAAUUUCAAUAACAUUUUUAAUUUUUGUCCUUCUAUCUUUCUAGAAGACAGUAUCAAG